AUGCCAGGCAAAAAGGGUGACUCAAAGUCAGCAGCCAAAAAAGGAGGGAAAGCAGAACCAGAAAAAAGUGAAGACAAAAAAGGGAAAGAUGACAAGAAGGGAGGAAAAGAUGAUAAGAAAAAAGGAAAAGAAGAACCCAAAGGUAAAGGAAAAGAUGAAGGAAAGAAAGGAAAGGACAAAGGAAAAGGAGCAAAAGUGGUUAGUGAGUCAGAAGAGGGGUCAGAUGCAGAUCUGAUUGAGGAUGAAGAAGAGUUAAGUGAUGAUGAAGAAAGGGAUGAAGAAUCAGAAGAGGACACACGCAAGCGUGGAAAGGCUGGUGCUAAAGGCAAAGCAGCAAAGGGAAAGUCCAAAUCUAAACAUGCUGCAUCAGAUGAGGAGGAAGAUGAAGAAGAUGAAGAGGGUGAUGAAGAUGAGGAAAAUGAAGAAAGUGAAGAAGAUAGGAAAGGAAAAAAGAAAUCAAAAGACACCCGUAAAUCCAAAUCUAAACCUGUGGCAGAAGGAGCAAAGAAAAAGGCAAGAAAGAAGGAUGAGGUUCCAACUGAGACAGCACCAGAACCUACAAAGAAACUAUUUGGUUUCCCUGGAAUUGGGAAGAGCUCAAAGAAGCGACUAAAAAGUACAUCUAGACUGUUUCUUGGGCUUGGUAAACAAAAGAGUUUUGUGGUCAGAAAAAAGAGAAGGAAAUCUGUUUUGAAGAAUGCUCCAAGGCUUCUGAUGCGCUUCAAAGCCAGUAAGAAAAAGAAAAAAGAGAAGGAACAAAAUGACCAGUUGGGACGCAAGCCAUCCUACAUGUUACUUAGAAUUGGUGGCAAACCAGCAGAAAAGAAAUCAGGGUUUUUCAAAGGACUUUUUGGAAAGAAGAAUGCUGAUGAUGGCUCAAAUUUUAAAUACCAAAGUCGGAUAGUGGGGAAAGUUGCUGGAGCAACAAACUGGCUAACUAAGAAGUUUCUCUCAACAAAAUUGAAGCGGAGACCAUUGGCCAGAAAUCGUGGCCAUUGGGGACAGUCAAGUACCAAACGGUUUCCUGGGGGGAGUCGACAAACAAGCAUGCGAGGACCUCACGGGCAUUACAACUACGCCUUUGAAUAUGAUUUUGAUGAAUAUGACUAUAAUAACCAGGGUAGGCUGAACCACAGUGCAUUUAACAGACAGCCAUUCCAGAUAAAUCAAAAUUGGUAUGAAGAUCCUGUUGAUUACUAUAAAUCACAGUCCCAUGAUCAAGACUAUUAUGAAAUUGAUGAUGAAUAUUACAACCCACACAUGGAAAUACAGAAUGAAGGAGAGUAUUAUGAUGAUGGUAUGGGCUGCUAUAACACAUAUUCUGCACAACAUCAAAUGGGCUACUAUCCAGAGGAGAUGGAGUAUUAUGGCCAACAGCAUCUGAUGGAUCCAUAUUACACUGAUAGUAUGGACUACUAUGAUGAGAACCAAUAUCUAAUGGAGGAUUGCUAUGAACCUUAUGGAGAUGAAAAUGAGUUUUAUGACCAGGAUCAGUUUGAUUACUAUGAUGACCCUCAGGAAUUCUAUGACAGUCCAUAUGGUGAAGUUGGAGCAGUUGAUCCAUACAUGAAUUCAUAUGGAGCUUAUGAAGAUCCAUAUCUCCAGGACUACCAGUUGAAUUACAGUGAAUCAGGGGUUUCCCCAUAUCUUGAAUCUUCUUAUAACAUGUACCAGCCAUAUAGUUAUACAGUGCAUGAUGUCAUGGAGACUGAUGAGUUUAAUGACAUUUCUAUAGAGCCAAUGGAUCUUCAAGGAGAUAUGUUCAGAGUUCCAAGGCCUCAAGUAAAGCUUUUUGGUCAAGAAAGAAUGGCAGUUGAACUUCCUCCCUUGCCACCACAAUAUGAUCCUGAAGAGAUGUUGCAAAUUCAUUAUAAAAAUGUACCAUUCAUUCCUGAUGCACAUAUGAAUGGUUCUUUUCCUGCACCAGUAUAUACACAAGAACUGCUGAAUCCAGGUUUACCUCAGAUUCCCACACCAACUGCAAUGUUAAUCACGCAUGCUAAUAGUCCUCAGGGGUUUGUGAGUUCUAACAUUCAGUCUCCACAUAUAUCACCCGUGGCCCAAGGUGGUGUUUUCCCCCCAUCACCUACACUAAGCAGGAGGUCCAUGGGAAUGAUGGCUUCUCCUGCUCCUUCUCCUGUACAGAGACCCCUGUCCCCUAUGUUAGCAAGAGAAAGAUUCAUAGAGCCAUUAAUGGAUGUGGCACAGCCCCAUGUUCCAAUGCAGAAACGUAGCUUUCAUGCCUCUCCUCGGCACUCUAUACGGAAAAGACAGAGCCCCUCUCCACAGCCCUCCAUACGUGGAUUGGGUGUUAGGGAUGUGCCACCAUCUCCACUAAGAGUGAUGUCAUCUCCACAUGUUCAACGCCCACCCUCUCCAUUUGGACAGAGAAAAGUCAGCCCACCUGCUUCUCCAGCAGCCUUUAGUCAUUUCCAGCCUCAUACCUCAUUCGUAGAACCCAAGUCUUCCCCUGUUCCCAUGGUCCGACGAAUGCCCAGUCGAAUGCCCUCAUUUCAUGCAAGCCCUCCAGCUUCUGCUCAUGGCUCCAUCCGCAAGCAAAGACCACCCCAUUCUCCCUGUACCUCAAUAAGAAGACCCAGUCCAGUUUCCUCCCCAUUAAUAGCACAUCCAUUUGGUGCCAGGAGGCUUCAAGGUUCCAAAUCUCCUCCUAGGCAAAUAAGUCCUCCAUCCUCUCCUCAAAUGGGCAGGCGUCCUGUGGGCAGAGUUCAGCAGAUGGAGUCCAGUAGACCACGCUCCCCAUUUGCAGUUCACAGAUCUUCACCUGCACCUUCACGGAGAAGUUUUGCAAUUGGUCCAGAAUCUCCUCAGCCUCCUCUGCCAGCUGGACAAAGAUCACCAUCACCCAGCUUCUCUCGUAGGUCAACCCGUCUUAUGAGGAAUCUACCCCCGUUCGGAUCACCUGGUGGUCAACUGCGUGGAAUGGGGCGUCCAAACAUUCCCAUGGGAACAGUAAGACCCUCUCUAGGUCAAAUGGGUCAGUUGGGUGCUUCAACCAAAAACAUGCCUCCUUCCAGAGCAUCCAUACGUAGUAAGAGAUCGAUCAUGGCUCAGGACAUCAGAGCUUCCCCAAAGCUUCCAGGUCAACACCCUGGGAUGGUCAUCAUGGACCAGAGGCACUUCAUUCCCCCAGGACGAGCAGAUGCACUGCAUAAUCCUCAAGUCCGUGGUGCCACCUACAAUCUGCCAGGUGGCACACUGGUACAUGGCAAUCAAAUGGUGGCUCCAGCUGCCUCUCCCAUGCUCACUAAUGCUUUACGAAAUCAACAGAUUCAGAAUGCUUCCUACAGACUAUCAGAUGGGACCAUAAUAAGUGUAGAGCCUCACCUACAACAACCCUUGUCUCCAAACAUCUCAAAUGCCUUAAAUAAUGCAAACUUGAGACAUGCCUCUUAUAGGCUUCCAGAUGGAACUAUAAUCACUACAGACUCCCGUCAACAACAGCAUCAACAACUCUCUUCUCCAAAUCUAUCUCGUGCUUUGCAGAAUCCAAACAUUAAAAAUGCUUCCUACAGAUUUUCAGAUAAUUCAGUUAUUACAGAAUACUACCAAAAGCCAGUAUCUCCCAAUUUGUCCCAUGCACUUAGAAAUAAUAGUGUUCGAAAUGCAUCCUAUAGGCUGCCAGAUGGAACAGUUAUUUUUACAGAGCAACAAACGGAGCCAACUUCUUUGGCCCUGUCAGCUGCACUUCAGAACCCAAUCAUGCGUAAUGCAUCCUAUAGAUUAGGUGAUGGCACAGUUAUUUUUCCUGAUUACAACCAGUCAAAAACUAUCUCCCCAAAUUUAGCACAUGCACUUCAGAACACACAGAUGCGGAAUGCUAGUUAUAGAUUGCCAGAUGGGUCUCUUAUAACCACACAGCUUACUACACCUUCCCCUAAUUUGGCAAGUGCUCUGCAGAAUCCGAACAUGCGUCAUGCUGCCUAUAGGCUACCUGAUGGCAGUAUAAUCAGUGCUAAUCCAGUACACCCACCAAACUUGGCCAAUGUCCUCAAAAAUGCAGACCUCAAAAAGGCCUCAUUUAGGCUUCCAGAUGAAUCAAUCUUUUUAAGUACUAAGUCAACCAGUCCAAACCUGCAAGAGGCCUUGAAAAAUGAAAGCCUUCGCAAAGCCUCAUACCAACUACCGGAUGAUUCUGUGCUAUCAAUGGAUCCUCAGAGUCAUACAACCAAACCCAAACUUUCACAAGCCCUUUUAAACCAAAAUAUUCGUAAAGCUGUUUACCACUUACCUAAUGAAUCCAUUCUCAAGCAAGGUUUUGCAGUUUCAUCAUCACCACAAUUGAAGGAUAUUCUGAAAAACACUGGCCUAAAGAAUGCCUCCUUACAGCUACCUUCAGCACUAUCUACUGUUACAGCAUCUGGAUUGAUUAUUGGGCCAGAUGGCAGAUAUGCAAUUGUGUCCCCACAAAGAAAAGGUCCUGAUGAACACUGGGCUAUGAAUGCCAGGGAGGGACAAAGUGCAGAGGAUGUGUGGGCUGCAGAGAGAGUUUUACCUCAUGGAACUGUACAGAAUCUUACAAAGUGGUCUAUGUACCGUGAUGAAAACAUGAUAGACCACCUUUCUACACCACCUGUUGAUGGUGGGUCCAGGGAAGGUGAGGUGCAGUGGGUACCAGAUCGAGAGGGGGAACCCACAGGCCAGUGGUAUGAUAAGAUGUAUUCUAUAAGAAGUCUGCCUAGCAUUAGUUACAGAGAGAAAAGAGAAGCUGAAGGACUUGAGGACAUGACACAAUUGGAGGAAUUAACAGAAGCGGCUGUUUUAAUGAACCUGAACACUCGCUUUGACCGGGAACUCAUCUACACUUAUAUCGGCUGUAUUCUGAUAUCAGUGAAUCCGUACAAGUUGUUGAACAUCUAUGGAACAGACAUGGUCCUGCGGUAUAAUGGUCAUGGGUUAGGAGAAAACCCACCGCACCUCUUUGCGAUUUCAAACCUUGCCUAUACAACAAUGAUAGAUGUCAAGCAGAACCAGUGCAUUAUCAUCAGUGGAGAGAGUGGAUCUGGAAAAACAGAAGCCACCAAGCUGGUCCUGAGAUACCUCACUGCCAUACACCAUAAGCGAAACGUAACACAACAGAUUGAGAUCCUGGAAGCAACUCCUCUGCUGGAAUCUUUUGGGAAUGCCAAAACGGUGCGGAAUGACAAUUCCAGUCGCUUUGGGAAGUUUGUUGAGAUCUUUCUAGAGGAAGGAGUGAUUAGUGGUGCCAUAACUUCGCAGUAUCUACUGGAGAAGUCCAGGAUUGUUUUUCAGGCAAAAUAUGAGAGGAACUACCACAUUUUUUACGAGAUGUUGGCUGGACUCCCUGUUCACCAGAAACGAGCCUUCUACCUGCAGGAGGCUGAAACUUACUACUAUCUGAACCAAGGUGGUGACUGUGCGAUCGAGGGGAAGAACGAUGGCGAGGACUUCAGGCGUUUACAGAGUGCCAUGGAUAUUCUCCACUUCAGCCCUGAGGACCAGAGCAGUGUGUUCAGAGUGCUUUCAUCCAUCCUCCACCUGGGCAAUGUCUUCUUCCACAGACUUGAGAUGGACGUGCAAGAAAUGGCCGGUGUCGUAAGUGCUCAGGAGAUCCGUGUGGUGGCUGAACUGCUUCAGAUUUCUCCAGAAGGACUGCAGAAAGCCAUCACCUACAAAGUGACUGAAGCAAUGAAGGAGAAAAUAUACACUCCUCUAACUGUAGAGAGCGCUGUGGAUGCCAGAGAUGCCGUUGCCAAGAUCCUUUAUUCCCUGCUCUUCUACUGGCUAACGGAGCGGAUCAACAGUCGUGUUUACCCAAGAAACGAGGCUCUCUCCAUAUCUAUAUUGGAUAUCUAUGGAUUCGAGGAGUUAACAUUUAACAGUUUUGAGCAGCUCUGCAUCAACUAUGCUAAUGAGACGCUUCAGUUCUUCUUCACAAAAAUCAUUCUAAAGCAAGAACAGGAGGAGUAUAUACGAGAGCAAAUCAGCUGGAAGGAAGUGCACUUCACUGACAACAAGGGAUGCAUAGACCUCAUUGCUGCGAAGCCCCACGGAAUACUCCGCAUUCUUGAUGACCAGAGCUGCUUUCCUCAGGCCACUGACCACACGUUCCUUCAGAAGUGCCACUAUCAUCAUGGAGAAAAUCCACUUUACUCCAGGCCAAAAAUGCCACUGCCAGAAUUCACUGUGAAGCAUUAUGCAGGACGAGUCACUUAUCAGGUCCAUAAGUUCCUGGAUAAGAAUUACGAUCAGGUUCGACAAGAGGUACUGGAGUUGUUUAUGCAGAGUCACAACCGGAUGGUUUCAAAUCUCUUUCUAAAGUAUAGUGAGAUACUAACUCAGCAGAAAAAAGGAACAGGGAGAGACAGCACAGUUACUCGAAGAUAUCAACCCUCUACUAUAGCUGCCAAGUUCCAGCACUCGCUACAAGACCUUCUGGACAAGAUGGAGAGGUGUAACCCAUUAUUCGUGCGCUGCAUAAAGCCAAAUAAUAAUAAGGAACCGGGGAUAUUUGAGCUAGAACUGGUGGCAUCCCAACUCAGAUACUCAGGAAUUAUGGACACCAUCCUCAUCAGAAAGGAAGGCUAUCCAGUCCGAAUGACUUUCCAUAAAUUCUUAAACAGGUAUAAAGCGCUGCUGGGGCUGAAGAAAACCCCACCCCCAGAUGGAGACAACUGUGUUAUUAUGCUAACAAAGUUGUGUCCAAUCAAAAAAGGUGAUUACCAAGUGGGCGUGUCCAAGCUCUUUCUAAAGGAAGACGUGUAUCAGCUGUUAGAAAGUAAGCGGGAUCGUGUGAGGCACCUGGCAGCGCUGACACUUCAAAGAUACGUACGGAUGUAUCUUGUGCGUAAAAAUUUCACAAAGUUCCGCAUGACCAUGACCAAACUGCAGGCCAGGUGCCGAGGCUACCUCAUGAGGUAAACACCAAAGACUUUUAAAGUGAAAAGGCUGAUCCUGAUCAAGUUUCGCUCACCAGUUCAGCUCAUCGUCAACCGCAAACGCUACAUCAGGGAUAAUCUCCUCAUGGCCAGGAUGGCAGAAGAGGCCCGUAUGAGUCGAGAGGUGAUUAACGUGUCCCAGUUGGUUAUUCCUGCUGACCUGGGAGAGCUGUUACAGGCCACAGCAGAUGGUAAAGCGGUGCAUUCUGAAUGUUUGGCUCUGGUAGAAGCACUCAGAGUGCAGGUUUAUUCUCAACUCACACUUCCUCUGGAUAUCAAUAACUAUUUCAUGACCAAAUACAUCCGUUCCAACUUCAGGGAGCUGCAGUUUGGAAUGCUUACUGCACCUCUGCAAGCUUCUCUGACUCGUCUGGAAGACAAUCUAAAACAGGAUGCUGUCGACAUCUUUUUACUGAUUUUACGUUUCAUGGGUGACCCUAACUUGAAUGGUGCUCAAGAGAACCUGUUCGGAAAUUACAUCAUCCAACGGGGUUUGGCUACUCCACCAAUCAGGGAUGAGAUUUUGGCUCAGGUGGCCAAUCAGGUGUGGAGGAAUGGAAACCUGCGUAAUGCUGAGAGAGGGUGGCUGCUAAUGGUGGCUUGUCUGAGUUCCUUCGCCCCAAGUGAAAAAAUGGCCAAAUAUCUACUGAAGUUCAUAUCUGAUUAUGCGCUGAAUGGAUUUAAAGCAUUAUGCCAACACAAGCUGCUCCAUGCCAUGCAGAAAUGCCAGUUAGGACCCGAGGCAGCACGGACUUACCCUCUUUCACUUCUGGAGUGGACUGCCAACCGCAAAAAAGCCCACAUGGCCCUCCAAGUGCACUGCCUUGAUGGAAUGUCUUUGCUGUGUCCAGUCCACUCCUGGACAAGUGGUGAGGAUCUGGCACGUGAUAUUUUACUGCACAGGGGCAUGUCCUUGGAGAGCUGCUGUGGUUGGUCAGUGCUGAUGAAAGAGGUGGGGCAGUGGGUGGAGCUUGAAGGCCAUGACUAUGUGAUGGAUCUGGUGUGUGAUCUCGAGCUGUCAUCAGACUUCCCGAAACAGAAAAGCUAUUUCAUCAUCUCGACGCACGAUCCCACCAGAGUGCGGCACAACGCCAGCAUAAGUCUUUUUGGCAGCGGAUUCGAUGGAGAUGAUGAAGCACCAGUGACCAACAGUCUGCCGAUCUCUGAGGAUUACUACGCUCAGAAGGGAAUGGAUCGCUACGUGGACAGCCUGUUUAACCCUGUACUGUCAGAUGGAAUUGGGGAUACGGACAUGUCUGCUCUGUCUGGAAGAAUAAAAGGAGGUGGAGGUGUCGGUGCUGGCCACACUGACAAUGUUCCAUCCAUAGUCAGAGUUCCUUUUUCAGCAGCUCAGCAACCAGGAGCAGUGAGGGUGCUGCCUGCUGUUCCAGCUGUGCCCAGUUUACCGGCUCAAGAUCCGCAAACCCUCAUGGCGCAGCAGGAGCAGCAAGCUUUCAUCAAUCAGCAAGCUGUCAUUAUGGCCCAACAGAUGACGAUGCAGGCUAUAGCCAUGGCAACGACAAGUCCCAUCUCUAGCCCUCCCACCAGUCCUCCUCCUACCCCCUACAUCCCCUACACCCCUCUGGCCUCCAGCCCGUACUCUGCAUUGCCCCCAAGCCCGUAUGCCAACUUCCCACCCAGCCCCUACGCACAGUUUACACCUUCCUCCUAUACCAUUAGCUCAACUCCCGUAGCAGUCUUGGGUCCGAUGCGAUCGGCUCCAGCUCCUGAUACCAAAGUGGUGAAAUAUUCCGUCUCUAACUCGGAGCAUAUAGUUCCCAGCCACAACAUAAAGGACAUCAUUAAACAAUAUCAAACUCCACCUGAGCCUCCUGAACUGGAGAGCAAGAGAAGAGAAGGCAAAGUUUUUGUGAAAAAAAAAAAUCCACAUGACGAGGCCUUACAUAUUUUGAAGACACAGAUGGACAUUCCGCCUCCUCCACAGAGAAGAGCUCCAGCUUCUGUAACUGACUCUAGAAAAGCUGGUGUCAAACCAACACAGAGCACUAAAAAGCGGGCACCAGGACCACCAUUAAAUGUACCGUCAGUGUCCAGAGAUCUACCUGUAGAAUCAGAAACCAUUCAAACAUCACUCCACCUCAGCAACGUGGAUGAAUACUACACGUACACCAAUGUCCCAUGGAAGCUGUACCUCAGGAAGGAGGUGUUUUACCCCAAGGACAGCUGGAAUCAUCCACUUGUGUUGGACAUCAUAUUCAAGCAGAUAGUUAAUGACAUGUUUUCAGAGGCCUGUGUGCGCAUCACCAAAGAGGAGAGGCUGAAGAUGAAGGGCUUGUUUACACAACACAAGAUAGAGCAGAAUGCAAAUGUUCAGGAUGAAGAUGUGAAGAAGGCUGUGGUCUUGGCCGCCUGUGAGUCAUGGGAGAUUUAUUUCUCACGGCUUUUCCCCGCAUCGGGCAGCGUAGGUACUGGAGUCCAGGUGUUGGCCGUGUCUCACUCUGGUAUCAAACUACUGAAAACAGUGCACAGCAGUGCCAAAGUUCCUGAUUACUUCAGAGUUCUGAGAUCAUAUAGAUACACUGAUAUCCUCUUUGUGACCAUCCCAUCUCCUAACAUGCUGGAGUUUAAUCUGAUGAAUGAAAAGCUGAUCCUGUUCUCUGCUAAAGCACCACAGAUCAAGCACAUGGUUGAUCUUUUCAUCUCACAGUUGAAGGAGGACUCAGAGUACGCCGUUGCUGUGAGGAACUAUGUCACUGAAGAGCUAGCUCUGCUUAGCUUCCAUAAAGGAGACAUCAUCCGCUUGCGAGCUAUGGACGGCCUACAGGAGGGCCAGUUGUAUGGAUGUGUGGUGAAGAAGAAGGUCAUCUACAUGGAGGAAGAAAACAGAGACACAACAGACUUCGGCUGGAGGUUUGAGCCAGUGAUGAGUCGCAGUGGUGCAUUUCCUGCAAACUGUGUCAUUCCAGCAUCUGCUCCGGAUUUUCUAAACCUGCCCUCAGACAAGCAAGGAGAGAUGAGAACCAGAAAGAGUCAGGAUCAGUUUGGUGAUUUGGCCAGUCCUGAAACAAAUGGCAGCAUCUUUUUGGAUAGUCAGUACACCAUGGUAGAAUUUGCCCGGAAAUACUUCAGGCAGUGGGGCAGCAGCAACAGUGAGAAAUCCAAGAAAGACAAAGGUGGCAAAGACCCUGCAGAAAUGAUCAAAUUCAGCAAGAACCCCAUCCAGGAGUCACUGAUCGAGUUCACGGAGCCAAACAUGAACCGAGUCGCCUCAGAAACGUUCCUGGCCAUAAUGAAGUUCAUGGGUGACCAUCCACUCCGAGGCCAAUCUGAACAUUUUGUCCUCUGCACCUUUUUGAAGUUGAUUGGCGAGCUCACGUUAAUGAGAGAUGAAGCGUACUGUCAAGUCCUCAAACAGAUCACUGGCAACACCAGCCCUAAGCCAGACAGCUGUCAGAGAGGCUGGCGUCUGCUCUACAUUCUCACAGCACAUUUCCCAUGUUCUGAUGUCCUUCGUCCCUUCCUGCUUAAAUUCUUACAGGAUGCAUCCACAAGCUCAGGAGGUCAGUUUCAUGGCAUUGCUAAAGCCUGUGAGCAGAACCUGAUGAAAACGUUGCAGUGUGGUGGGAGGAGAGUGUGUCCCAGUAGCAUGGAGCUCAAAGCCAUCGUGGCUGGUCGAAGCUCUAAAAGGCAGCUCUUCCUAUUUCCUGGAGGAAUUGAACGACACCUAAAGGUUAAAACCUGCUCUGUGGCUUUAGAUGUCAUCGAGGAGUUGUGUUACGAGUUAGCAUUGCAAAGGCUGGAGGCCAUGAACGAGUACACCAUUUUCAUUGUUACGAAUAGAGGUCAGAACGUGAGGCCACUGAAUAAACGGGAAUAUAUCUUAGACGUCAGCACAGAGGCUGAGAUGAUGGACAGCAACUACAGCUUUUGGUUCAGACGUGUGAUCUGGGCUCAGGCACUCAAGUUUGACAAUGAGCUCAGCGUCACUGUUCACUACAACCAAGUUCUCCCUGACUAUCUGAAGGGCUUACUGGUCGUGCUCCUGCCAGAUAAAGUCAGCGAGCAGCAGUUUCAUCAGAUCGCUAAACUUGCUGCGCUGCAGCACAGAGAAAAGGACAUCAGCUCUGCUCCCACCAUUCAUGAGCUGGUGGAAUAUAUUCCAGCCCAGGUGUUUAUCAGGCAGGGACCUCAGCAGUGGAUGCAGCUGCUUACGCAACACACACAUGCAGUCCAGAGCCUCAGCCCUCAUCAGGCCAGAUCACAGUUCCUGGGAUUGGUGUGUGCAUUCCCCAUGUUCGGAUCGUCCUUCUUUUACAUUCUGAGUAGUAAUGACAACACAAUUUCCACCCCCUGCAUCCUGGCUGUCAAUCAAAAUGGCCUCCACUUUUUGCACCAAGACACUCAUGAGGUCUUGGUGAAGUUUCCUUUAAAGCUGGUUCAGUCAGCAUACACACAGCGGCCCAACGCAGGAAGGAGUUACCCUUAUGUGGAUAUUUUAUUAGGGGACCUGAGCAACCGCAGAACUACACAGUUACAGCUGGAACAGGGAUUGGAGCUUUGUCGUGUUGUUGCCAUGCAUGUCGAGAAUCUGCUGCUACAUCAAGAAAAAAGACUCACUCUUCCUCCGAGUGAAAUCACGCUCUUAUAA